AUGGAUGAGAGAAGAUCCUGCAGUCCUCGCCCAGAUACUCAUGCGCCCAUUUUCACGAACUCAUUCGAGGCCUUUGCGGACCAAGGACCACUCACCGUCGACCAGCUCGACACUUCCUUACUCGACAGCUUUGAAGCUAGCGGGCAACACUUAGAAUCAUGGGAAGUCUUCAUAGACUUGGAACAGCUUGAUAAUCAGGCUUCGACCUUCAACUGGAAUGCUGUUCCGGAAGCACUAGACGGACUACUCCCUUUGGCUGAGUCUGAGCCUGUGGAGACUCUGUAUGCAGCUGAUAGUCAUCACACUGCCGCGCCGCAGCCUACACAGUUACAGACGGCUAUUUCGCCAGACUGGAACGCCGAGCCUUCGACGUCGUUCUACUUGGACCAGGAUUUUCUCCAGUGGGUCGAUGGGGCUUAUCGCCCGCCGGCGCCUUGUUCCUAUUGCCGCUACCACCGCUUACAAUGUCUCAUCAUUCGUACCACGCAGGUGAAUCCUAAUCCAGUGACUGCGUGCUCGAGCUGUGUUGCGCUCUUCAGGGAGUGCAGCUUGGCGAUUGGGGAGAAGAGGAAAGCUUCGGAGUUUGAGACUAAUCAGCCUAUCAUCGGACACUUGCACGGUGUCAAUGAGGAGUGCCAGGAUGGGCUUGAGCUAUUGAGUUAUCCAGACUGGCAGGCCGAAGCCGGUGCGGGUGCGGGUGCUGGUGCGGGUGCUGAGAGCUCUUUUGUUCAGGGCGAGAAGAAAGAGGGAGAGCCUGUUGUGAAGGUCACGGCGGUCAAGAGCAAGAGGUCGAUUUCAAAACAGGACAUUCGAGUUCUCAAGGCUUGGUUGUCUGAGCACCGGCACUCGCCGUACCCUUCCGAGGAUGAGAAGCUGGAGUUGAGAGCGACUACUGGACUCACGAUAUUGCAGAUAUCAAACUGGUUCGCUAAUGCCAGGAGACGGCAACGCCAGAUACAGAGUGUUCCCAUACCACCUGGGCGUGGUAAAUUGAAUAGCGGGAUUCGAGAGGACCAGUCAGAUUUCAGCCCCAUAUCGAGAUGGAAGAAUUCGCCGCCUGAAGACAAUCCCGUCGAUCCUGCGGCUCUGGCCAAGGCGAUUGCUGCUUCCAAGAACGGGUCAAGUGCGUGGGCUGGUAUAUCACCGACCGACGGCACUGUAGCCUACCCGCAGCACAGGUCCUUUGAUAACCGCUCGAGUCGCGAAACAAGUUUGUCCGCCUCAGACUCGUCGAACUCGGCAUGGUCUCACAGCUCCUGGGCAUCUCACCGGUCCUUCACGUCACCGAGCCGCCCCAAGCGUCGCCGUCAACAGAAGCAAAACAUGCUAGAGAAAGCAGAAAAUAAAUUCUCGUUAACCUUCCACUGCACCUUCUGUCCUGUUUCCUUCAAGAAAAGGCAUGACUGGCAACGCCACGAGAAAUCAAUCCAUCUCUCCCUGGAACACUGGAUCUGCUGUUCCGGUGACGGCACCAUCCCCAUCCCCCACACCACGGCCAAACAAUGCAUCUUCUGCAGCGCCUCUGACCCGACCGAAGGCCACCUCAUCAGCCACGAAUUCAAUACCUGCUCCGACCGUCCCGUGGCGGAACGAACUUUCAAGCGCAAAGACCACUUGCGUCAACACCUUAUCAAGUUCCACGGGCUAUCCAAACCAUCCCCGAGUGUUUUUGCGCUUUGGAAGGUGGAGUGGGGUGACUUGAAGAGCAGGUGUGGUUUCUGCGACGAGUGGCUUGGUACUUGGGAGGCGCGGGUUGAACAUCUGGCAGGCCAUUUUAAGGAUGGGGCGGUGAUGAAUGAGUGGGUUGGUGAUUGGGGGUUUGAUGCGGACGUUUUGGGUUUACUGCAGGGUGCCGAGCUGCCUGAGUCCAAGGGGGUGGGGGAGGGGGAGGCAGUAUUUAUCAUGGAAGAAGCUGAGGAGGAAGCCCAGCCUGUCUUCUGCUGGACUCGGCUCGGCUCGGCUGGAACGGAUGAAGUCGUCUCGGUUGAGUUGAGCCUGUUGGAAAGGGCGACAUUUUCCCGAAGACAGACAUUCACCAAGACGGCCGGGGAGAGGCUGGAUGACUGGAUGGAGGGGGUGCUGCGGGCUAUGCUCGAGAACUUGAGCGUUGGCCGCCAACGCGCAGCCCAGCAGGUUGUCAAUUUAGAAAGUCAACCAUCGCACGACGACCAAGGAACAGGGACUUCUCGACCCGGCCUCGGUGUGUUCCGUUGUGCUGUUUCCCUGGGCCACGCCAGUCAAUCCCCGUUUCAGCAAAACUUUCCCAGUCCUUUCCCAUCUACCAAUUGCACAUAUCCCUUCAUGCCGCUCAAGUAA